AUGGCCCUUAAGGGCGGGCCCCAACCUCGGAACGAGAAGGCGUCUGCCUCCGACGCGCUGCCGUUGCCUCUCUACUUGACCAACGCCGUGUUCUUCACUCUGUUCUUCUCUGUCGCCUACUACCUUCUCCACCGCUGGCGCGACAAGAUCCGGACCUCCACGCCGCUCCACGUCGUCAGCCUCUCCGAGCUCGCCGCCAUCGGCUCCCUCAUCGCCUCCUUCAUCUACCUCCUCGGCUUCUUCGGCAUCGACUUCGUCCAGUCCUUCAUCUCCCGCGCCUCCCACUACGACGACACCUGGGACGACGACGACCUCCGCCGGGAGAAGCCGAAGUUCGUCGAGGCCGACCCGGCAUUGUGCUCCGAGGACGACGACGAGAUCAUCCAGGCGGUUGUCACCGGCGCCGUGCCAUCCUACUCGCUCGAAUCGAAGCUCGGCGACUGUAAAAGAGCGGCGGCGAUUCGGCGCGCGUGGCUGCAGAGAACAACCGGGAGGUCGCUGCAGGAAUUGCCUCUUGAAGGAUUCGACUACGACUCGAUCCUAGGGCAGUGCUGCGAGUCGCCGAUCGGAUACGUCCAGAUUCCGGUGGGGAUCGCUGGGCCGUUGCUCCUCGACGGGUUCGAGUACAUGGUGCCGAUGGCGACGACGGAGGGGUGCCUUGUGGCGAGCAUGAACAGAGGCUGCAAGGCUAUUCAUCUCUCCGGUGGGGCCGACUCCCGGGUUUAUAGAGACGGCAUGACCAGAGCGCCGGUGGUCGGCUUCGCCUCUGGCGUCAGAGCUUGCGAGCUACUCUACUACUUGGAGAACCGCGCCAAUUUUGAUACUCUCGCCGUCGUUUUUAAUAGAUCAAGUCGAUUUGCGAAGCUACAGAGCAUAUUUCCUACACUUGCCGCGACGACGGUUCACAUACGAUUUGCCUGCAGCACAGGUGAUGCCAUGGGGAUGAACAUGGUCUCCAAGGGGGUUCAGAAUGUACUUGAUUAUCUGCAAAACGACUUUCCUGAUAUGGAGGUUAUCGGCAUAUCUGGAAAUUUUUGUUCGGACAAGAAACCUGCUGCUGUAAACUGGAUUCUAGGCCGUGGAAAAUCAGUUGUUUGCGAAGCAGUAAUCAGGGAAGAGGUGAUCAAAGAAGUGUUGAAAACAAACGCGCAUAAGCUGGUAAAGCUCCAUUUGAGUAAGAACUUUGUAGGUUCUGCUAUGGCUGGAUCUACUGGUGGGUAUAAUGCCCAUGCUAGUAACAUCGUGUCUGCAAUCUUUAUAGCCACUGGCCAGGAUCCCGCACAGAAUGUUGAAAGUUCUCACUGCCUGACGAAUAUUUCAUCCAUCAAUGAUGGAAAGGAGAUUCAUGCUUCUGUCACAAUGCCUUGUAUCGAGGUGGGUACAGUUGGAGGGGGCACUCAACUUGCAUCUCAAUCUGCUUGCUUGAAUAUGCUUGGUGUAAAAGGUGCAAGCCAAGGGUCCCCUGGAUCAAAUUCGAGGCGUUUGGCCACCAUUAUAGCCGGUUCAGUACUGGCUGGAGAACUCAGCCUCCUAUCUGCCAUGGCGGCUGGUGAUAUGGUCAAGAGUCACAUGAAAUAUAACAGAUCCAGCAAAGAUGUAUCCAGUACUGCAUCGUGA